AUGCUUUUCGACGAGCCAAGUGAACCAUUGGCCACUGCCACUCGAAAGUGGGGCCGCCGUUCGUCUCUUCACUCCCCCUUUGACAAACUCCGUCGGUGCUCGACCCUCCGCUGUCGGUGCCCGACAAAUCGAGUUCCCACCGUCCAGUCACCGCCAGCCGGUGGUCCGCAAUUAGUCGUCGGAAAAGUUAGGGCGGAAGGGACGAUGGGUCGUCCCGAACCCUGUGUGCUCUACGCACACACAUUUGUUCACCCCCACCUCGAUGAAUAUGUCGACGAGGUGGUAUUUUCGGAGCCUGUAGUCAUCACAGCCUGUGAGUUCCUUGAGCAGAAUGCUUCGUCAUUAUGUACUGCAGUGAAGCUUGUCGGGGGCACUUCACCUCCAUCAUUUGCUCUGGAAGUUUUUAUUCACUGUGAAGGAGAGACGAGAUUUAGGCGUUUGUGCUUGCCUUGUUUGUACUCUCAUUCAUCAUCAAAUGUGCUUGAGAUUGAGGCUGUGGUUACAAAUCAUUUGGUUGUGAGAGGCAGCUACCGUAGCCUGAGCAUGGUCAUAUAUGGGAACACAGCAGAAGAUCUUGGCCAGUUUAACAUAGAUGUUGAUCUAGACAGCUCACUGACUGAUACUGUUAGUGCUGUUGAGGGAAACCUGGAAGAUCUGCCUCCUGCUUUUCAUCCCAAUAUGUCCACAAUAAAGGAACUCAUAUCGCCCUUGAAGAUAUUAUCUCGACCAGCAGCCAUCUUGGAUAUUCCGUUUGAAUUAAGAAGAUUCCUGGUGUUAGUUUUUAAAAGUUUGGACUCUCAGAACCUGGGUGAAGCAGCGGAUAAAGUUAUCAGCUCAUUGUUAUUGGUGGCCUCAAGGUAUAGAACCCGUGGCUCAUCUCACGAGCAUGUUGAUCCAAAGCAGCUGGCGCCUGGUACUGUGAUUAGUGGUUUGGAUGAUCACACUCUUAUUGAAGCAGAACAGGAACUUUUGGGUCUAUAUAAUAAACUUCAGAAAGAAUCUGGGGAUCUAUCCGCCGAACUUUCAGCAGAAAGCUUGUUUCUUGAUUCCAAGGAAGGUGAUGUUACGUCCAAAGAACUGGUGGAAAUUUUACACCAGCAUUUUGAUUUUUGUGGCGGCAUUGGAAAUGUGGGAUAUUCACAUAUUUCACAGAAUAAGAAUACAAUUCUGUGGUUGAGCAUGGCAACUUUGUUCUGCUCUGCUAGGGAGAGUUGUUUUCACUUUGUUAACUCUGGUGGCAUGAAGCAGCUGGGAUAUGUUUUUGCUCACCGAAUGAAAAUUUCUACUACUCUUGCAUUGUUGCUUCUUGGAGUCAUUGAGCGAGCUACUUCGCAUUCAGUUGGAUGUGAAGGUUUUCUAGGAUGGUGGCCUCGGGAAGAUGAAAGAAUACCAGACGGCACUAGUGAAGGGUAUAAUCAGUUGUUGAAGAUGUUGUUAGAGAAUCAGAGGCAUGAUGUUGCCUCUCUUGCAACGUAUUUACUUCAUCGCUUGCGUCUUUAUGAAGUUGCUUGCAGAUAUGAGUGCAUAGUAUUAUCCAUACUAGAGGGCAUAUCAGCUGUUGGCCAAGUCACAAAUUCUACUGUGGAUAUGCUUGCGAGUGCUAAAGUGCAACUAAAGAAACUGCUGAAAUUGAUACAGCUGAGUGGUCCAAUUGAUGAUCCUUCUCCAACAGCUGCGGCAAGCAGAUUUUUUAUACUUGGAGAUACUGGACAGUUGGCAUAUAAGACAACCGUUGUCUUGAUUAAUCAAUCAAAUUGUGGCUUUUUGAAUUGGGACAUAGACGCACAUUUACUUUCCCUUUUGAAGGAGAGAGGUUUCCUUCCCUUAUCAGCUGCUUUGCUGUCAUCUUCUGUUUUACGAUCUGAAACAGGGCAUGCAACAGACUUGUUUUUGGACAUUGUAUUGCAUAUUGAAGCAAUAAUUCUAUUGCUGCUUUUUUGUCGCUCAGGAUUAAAUUUCCUUUUACACGACCUUGAAGUUUCUUCUACCAUUAUCCAUGCUUUGCGUGGUAUCGAGGAUGUUCAGAAGGAAGAUUUGCUUUCACUUCGUUUUGCACAUGUCUUGAUGUCUAAAGGGUUUUUUAUUUCCCCAAAGGAAGUUGGACAGAUAGUUGAGAUGCAUAUGAGGGCAUUAAUUGCCAUAGAUAGCUUAUGCAAGUUGACCCCAAACACUGAAGAGUUUUUAUGGGUGCUUUGGGAUCUCUGUCGUCUCGCCAGGUCAGAGUGUGGACGUCAGGCUCUAUUGGUCUUGGUGAAUUUCCCCGAGGCUCUCAAAGUCUUAAUGGCUGCUUUACAUUCUGGAAGGGAACUUGAUCUUGUUUCUUUGAGCACUGGAUUGUCACCUUUAAACCUUGCAAUCUUUCACGCCGCUGCUGAGAUUUUUGAAGUUAUUGUAACCGAUUCUACUGCAACUUCUCUGAGAUCUUGGAUUAACCAUGCGAAGGAACUGCAUAUAGCCUUGCAUUCCUCCUCCCCAGGUUCCAACAAGAAAGAUGCUCCUGCACGGCUGUUGGAGUGGAUAGACGCUAGUGUAGUUUACCAUAGAAAUGGUGCAAUUGGACUCUUACGAUACGCUGCCGUUUUGGCUUCUGGAGGAGAUGUUCACAUGGCCUCAAACAGUGUUUUGGCUUCUGAUAUGAUGGAUGUCGAUAAUGUUGUAGGGGAAUCUUCCAAUAGUUCUGAUGGUAAUGUUGUUGAUAAUCUAAUUGGAAAACGGAUAACUGAGAAGGAUUUUCCUGGUGUCAUUCUUCGUGACUCCUCCAUAGCCCAGCUCACCACAGCAAUUCGAAUUUUGGCAUUCCUUUCGGAUAAUUCGGUUGUUGCUGCAACUCUCUAUGAUGAAGGUGCUGUUAUGGUCAUCCAUGCUGUUUUGAUCAACUGCAAACAAAUGCUGGAGAGGUCAUCCAAUAUUUAUGAUUACCUUGUUGAUGAGGGUGGAGAGGGCAGUUCAACAUCUGAUUUGCUUGUAGAACGUAAUCGAGAAAAGAGUUUGCUCGAUCUUCUGAUACCUUCGAUGGUUCUGCUGAUCAAUUUGUUACGGAAGUUACAGGAAGUGAAAGAGCAACACAAGAACACAAAACUGUUGAAUGCACUCCUACAGUUGCACCGAGAAGUGAGCCCCAAGUUAGCUGCCUGCACGACAGAGUUAUCUCAUUCUUGCCCUGAGUUUGUGCUUGGUCUUGGAGCUGUUUGCCAUCUUAUUGCAUCUGCACUAGCAUGUUGGCCAGUUUACAGUUGGACUCCCGGCCUUUUUCAUUUUGUUUUGGACAGUCUUCACGCAACUUCAUCAUUGGCACUGGGUCCCAAGGAAACUUGCAGUUUACUUUGCCUGCUGAAUGAUUUGUUUCCGGAUGAAAGUAUUUGGCUGUGGAAGAAUGGGAUGCCAAUGCUGAGCCCCUUGAGAGCAAUUGCCUGUGGGACAAUACUGGGCCCAGAAAAAGAGAAACAAAUCAAUUGGUAUCUGAAUCCUGGAAAUCCUGAGAAGCUAGUUUCUCAAUUGUCUCCACAACUUGCGAAACUUGGAGAGAUAAUUUUACAUUGUGCUGUCAGUAUGUCAGUCGUCAUACAAGAUGCUCUACGUGUGUUGGUGAUUCGGAUUGCAUAUCUGAAUCUUGAUUAUGCUUCACAAAUGGUGAAACCUAUAAUAUCAUGGAUCAGUCAUGGCCUCUUAGAGGCAUCAAUAUUAUCUGAUGUGGAUGCUUACAAGGUUCACCAAUUACUGAAGUUUGUUGCUAUCUUGUUGGAGCAUCCAUAUGCUAAGCGGCUACUGUUGAAAGCAGAUGCCUCUCAGAUGUUUAAGAAAGUGCUCCAGAAGUGUAUUGAAGCGGCCAAUUAUGAUGCUAGGUUGGCCCAAGAAUACCCAAAAUAUGAAUUUUCACAUCUUACUUGGUGCGUUCCGGUGUUCCAGUCAAUCUCAUUGAUUAAUGACGGUCGAGCAUCAAUGAAGUAUCCUGGAGCACACGACAGGAAAGUUCCGGAUAGUUUUACAGAUGAAGAAUGCGUCACAUUCUGUUCAUAUCUCGUUCGAUUUUGCAUGGUUUUGCCACUCGGAAAAGAAUUACUUGCCUGUUUGUCUGCUUUCAAAGACAUGGUUUGUUACACUGAAGGCCAAAAUGCUUUACUCACUGUGGUGAAGCAUAUUCAGUUAUCUGCAGUUCAGGACUCUGAGUCUCAGACUAAACAUGCAGCCAAUGCAAGUUGGGGUGUUAUAUGUGCAUCUGAGUGGGGACAUCCACCAAUGUUAUGCUGCUGGACCAAUUUGAUAAGGUUGUUUGAAUCUAAUGAUGUUCCUGCCAUAGAAGUUGCUAAAGCAAUGUACUUGCUAGCUUCAGGCAUGUUGGGCUUUUGUAUGAAUGGGGAAAGUGUGAAACCAGAGAGAGUUGCUGCUAUGAAAUUACUUUUUGGCAUGAAGAGUGACGCUUCUUCAGAAAGCUUUGUCGAAGAAAACCUAAAGCACAUUGAGGAGCUCUCAAAUGUAUUACUAGAAUCCGAUAAGGACUUCGAAUCUACAUCUCACGAUCUUCCGACACUGCAUCAGAUCAAGGAGACAUUGAAGUUGUUCCUUCUUUUGUUACAAACAUCCACAACAGACGAAACACAUCCCAACCUUGCCGAAGCUUAUGCCUCCUUAUCUCCUCAUCCCCUCUCCACAAGGCUACACAAAUUCUCACACACAAGCAAGGAUCGCAUAGAAGACCACAUCAUCCCAGACGAACUCAACCCCACCUUCUCCUGGGAAUGCCCCGAGAAUCUCCGCACCCGAAUGACUCAAACGGACCUCUCAGCCAAGCGAAAAAUUUCCUCACUCGACCCGCCUAACCGUCUCACACGCGGAGACAACUCCGCACCAGAGCCCGCCUCCCGUGGGCCCGCGGCCCAAUCCUCCUCCCUCCAAGGCCCAACUCGCAGGGACACUUUUCGUCAGCGCAAGCCCAACACCAGCCGCCCCCCUUCAAUGCACGUGGACGAUUAUGUCGCGAGAGAACGCAACACAGAUAGCGCCAGCCCAAACGUGAUUGCCGUCCCUCGAAUCGGGUCCUCGGGUGGCCGCCCGCCGUCCGUCCACGUGGACGUCUUCAUGGCUCGUCAGAAAGAGCGCCAGCUUAUCGCAGGCGCUUCGAACGACUCGCCCGCGCAGUCCAAGUCAGCUUCGGCUGUGGAUAAUGACAACAAAUCGAACAAAUCACAGUCAACAUCAUUGAAACCCGAUUUGGAUGACGAUCUCCAGGGGAUUGACAUCGUGUUCGAUGCCGAGGAAGUCGAGCCGGACGACAAGCUGCCUUUCCCGCAGCCCGACGACGAUAAUCUGCCGCAGCCUGGGCGCGUGGUAGUUGCAAUGGGGUCCCCUCCUCAGUCCAUAGUCGAGGAGACUCCGGAGAUUAUGCCGUUGGCGCGUGAGCCGAGUAUUUCGUCUGAUAAGAAAUUCGCGGAGGAUCCUAAGAGGACGAUUGAUUCGUCUGGUUCUUCUUCGAGUAGGUUCCCUGUUGAUUCGCGAGUGGUGCCGAACUUGUACCCUAACAAGGCUGUGGGGUCCACGGGGUUUGGGGUUUUCUAUGACCAUAAGUUUCCUUUGAGUCAACCUCCGCUGCCCCCAAUGCCGCCUCCCCCAACUGUCUCGCCCGUGAUGUCUCAGAAUGUGGAACCUGUUAUGGCGGCGCCAGCUCAGUUUCUACCGGGAUAUCAUGUUCCGUCAGAUUACAUGUCUUCCAUGCCAAGCAGUUCAGCAUCGCCGCCAAUCUCAACCUCGAUGCCUGACAUGAAAUUCGGACGGCAAUCUCUCUCUUCCCCUUUGGUGGGCCCCACAACAAGACCCCCUCCCCCACUCCCUCCCACCCCACCCCCUUAUUCCUCAAACUCCUCUCUCAAAAACUCCGCCUCCCCAUCCCCACAGUAUUUCCCGCCCGUCCGCAACACAACCGACCUUCAGCAGGCCUCGGCCCAGCGCCUGCUUUUUCGACCCAGCUCAAUGCCCGUUAACCUUUAUGCCAGCAACUUAGUUCAGCAUCCAGGGGAAAACUUACCGAACAUCCCUCAAAAUCUUCCAGUGCCGUUGCCUUCAUUUAACCCUUUACCGAAUCUUACUCAGUUACAGCCUUUGCAGCCGCCACAAAUCUCUCGACCUCCACCUCAGCACCUUAGGCCACCUGUCCAGCCCUCACAGUCCGAUCAAGGGGUAUCUUUAUUGCAAAGCUCGUUACAAAUUCAAACUCAAUCGUCUCAAGUGGUACAGCAGGCCCAAGUGUCACCUGCUCAUGCGUACUAUCAAACCCCACCACAGGAGAGCACUUCACAUUCUCUGCCCCAGCCGCAAGAUUCGGGGAUGUCUCUACAAGAAUUUUUUAGGUCUCCUGAAGCUAUUCAGUCUCUUUUGAGUGAUCGGGACAAACUCUGUCAGCUUCUGGAGCAACAUCCAAAGUUGAUGCAGAUGUUACAGGAGCGACUUGGUCAAUUGUAGUGGCAGUCGGGCACUAUCUGAGGAUACACACAAAUUACCAUGAAAAAGUCGGCAUUUUUUCCCGCCUUUUGUAUUUACGGAAUGUACUCUAUCAAAGUCGAACUGUAUUAUUUUAUUUUUGCUUGAGAUGUAAACUGAGUAGGUUAAUUGUUGUAUGUUUGUCCUUUUAAACCUUUUUUUUCUGUCUGUAUGGUUUAUUAGUGCUUCGAUGGGUUUCCUUGUCCGGCUUAUGUUGCGAUGCAGAACAGUAGGAUAUCAUAUAUGAGAGAUGUAAAUAAUCUCGUGUACAUUAUUAGUAUGCCCAUCUUUNUAUAUCAUCAAUUUUUU